AUGUAUACGGAUAGAACGAAACAAUUAUUCGCAGGUUUAAUUGAACGUCCACCUCUUACCGAUCAAUUACUACAACGACCGCCAUUUCGCUUCUUGCACGAUGUUGUUAAAGUCACAAUUCAAAAUACAGGGUUUUUAAUGGAUAAAUUUACAAAUGAAGAAAUGGAUGCAUCAAAUAUAACAGAUAAAACGGCAAAAGCCAAUUUUUUGAAGACAUUGAUUAAAGCAUUGAACGAUGAUGGAUCGUUGAAAAAUGUGAAAGUUGCUAAAAUAAUUGCUGGAAAAGAACCUGAAAUGACGAAUUUGAUGCUGCAAAAAUUAGCUAUUGAUGCAGCAGCAUUUCGUGAUUCGAAGUUAAACAGUAUUACAAAUGAAGAAAAGCAAAGGAAAGAGAAAAAGGAGCGUAAAAAAGAGCGGAACAAUAAAGGAAUGGAAAGAAAAAUUAGUGAUAAUGAAAGCAGGAAGGUUGAAAAAGAGAAACGACAUUCAAGAAGUAAGGAAAAGAGAAAGAAAGAAGGUGAAAGUGAAAAUAAACCGGAGAUAAUCAAGCAAACAGUUGAUCGUAAUGGACGAAAAGAUUCCAUUGAUGAAAAACAUUUUGAAGAUAUUGCACCAGAAACAUCAUCAAUUAAAAUGGAGCAAAUGAUUCACACUGAUAAAGAACCACCCGUAACUACGAAGACAGAAGACAGUAGUGGUAUUGCUGAAAAUUUAACAAAUGAAAUUGACCAACAAUCGAUACCAGCAACAUUAAAGGAACAGCUACGACUUUCAACAUCAUCAGGACGGCCACGUACAUCAGCCAAUAGAUUGGGUACUGCAGCUGCACGACCAGCUCCACCAAAAAUCAAAAAGAAAUGGGUGGAAGAAAUUGAACGAAAACUGGACGUUAAUGCGAAAACAAGUGGAGUUAUUGUUGGUGAACGAAAAGAAACUGAUGAAGAUUUUGUUGUAGAAAUUGAGCCAACAUACGAUCAAACUGAUCAAACUAACACCGAUGAGUUAUGUUUUUUCAUAGAAUAUAAAAAGAUCCGCAUAAAAGAGACUAUUCCUAAACAUUUUGAAGUACAUAAUCAAUUUCAGCUAAUUACUGAAGAGCAUGGUGGCCUAGUACGAAAAAUUCUUGAAACCAAAAAAGGACUAGAAGAUAAAAUAAGCAAGGAAGCUUACAAUGUAUCUAUUAGUGUAUUUGAUGAAAAAGAUCAAGCAAGGUCACAACAAGAGUUAGCUAAUUUACAAAAGACUAUGCAACAAAUAACACAAACAACACAUUUAUUGGCUCGUUUUCUUGAUAAUACACAGGAAGAUGUGGAGAGUAUGUUUAAAGAAAUGGAAGAAUGGCGUUUAGAAAGCGCAAAAAAUUUGCAUAACUUGCAAGAACGAAAAGCGAAUGCAGAAGGAUCAUCGGAGAGUUUGUUGUUAAGGUUGAAUCAAUUAGAUGAACAAAUCAAAGAUGUUAAAAGCGCUAUUGUUCAAACCAAAGCUAAAGUAAUAGCAAAUGAAGAAAAAAUUCGAAAUUUAGUUAAUAAUAUUUAA